CGUCCGACGCCCGACGAACACGCGAGCUUCCAUGAACGUCACUUGACUCGACGAGUCGACUUUUUUGACUCGUGACUCUUCUCAUGUGCUUGCUCUGCACCAAGGGUUCGAUUUGGCAUCCCUCUUGACUAAUCGUCGCCAUUCUCGCGUUUUGGUCCGUCAGCACCCAACCACACGACGUCAAAGGAGCUCACUCACAGUCGCUGUUUGUCAAGAUCACAUCUUCAACAGCCUCGGCUCAUCUCACUAGACGCUCUUCGACACAGUCCAACAUUCACACCAUCUGUCUGCAGGCUUGCACGCAAAGCAACAACCAACGCGAUCAUGUCCGCUCUUCGCCACAGCGCACGUCAAGUGCUGAGCAGCGCAGCAUCCACCAGUCGACUCAGUACAAGUAUCACACCGCCUCUGCGCUCUCAACGAAUUCCCUCUCCUCUCGCACCCAUCUCAUCCAUCUCCGCUUUCAGCACAAGCCGUCUAAUUCGAGCCGCAAAGGACGACGCGAGUGGCGCGACGCCAGCAGAGGAAUCUGCAGAGACGAAAGAGGCAGCUUUCGGUAAGGGAUUGGGACUGAAAGAGACUGGAGAAGCGCAGAGUACGGGUAAAGGAUCGGCUGCUGGAAAAUCAGAGGCGGAGACCAAAUUGGCGGAAAGGGAGGCAAAGAUCAAGGAGCUGACUGAUCAAUUGCUGUACGGUAAAGCGGACAUGCAGAAUCUGCAAAGAAGAUCGGCAGAAGAAAAGGCUCAAGCAUCAGACUUCGCCAUUACCAAGUUCGCGCGGGACUUGACUGCAUCGCUAGACGUCUUGGCCCUCGCCUUGCGAUCCGUGCCCGAAGCGUUGCGUCAAGCGCCAUCGGAGGUCAAAGACGCUCAAGAUCCUCGCAAAGCUCUAGCUGAGCUUUACAGCGGUGUCGAGUUGACUUCCAAGAGCAUCACCGAUAUGCUCGGUAGGCAUGGUGUGACCGUCUUUGAUCCUACGGGCGAAAAGUUCGAUCCGGCUUUGCACGAGGCCAUGUACCAGGCUCCCGUGCCCGGCAAGACACCCGGCACGGUUCUGGAAUGCUCAAAGGUGGGAUUCAAGAUCAAGGGGAGGGUACUUAGACCUGCGCAGGUCGGUGUCGUUCAGGAGACCAGCUAGCCGGACAGACAGCCGGUCAGGCGACGCAGCGGGAGGUGGGAAAAAAAAGUGAAUAUCGAAUACAGGCGCUUCACAUGGUACGCACUAUACGAGAGCGCAUACGAGAGCGCAUCUGUUCAGCCAGGGAAGUAGCUGCGUGCACACAUUGUAGCGAAGGAACGACGGCUGCACGCGCCUCAACACACAUCAAAGAGCGCAAACGGUUCCAAUGCAUAACCACCUUUCUUUUGCCUGGAUUGGUCGCAAGUUGCCUGCUGCUUGCUCGUUUGCUGCAUUCGUGAUCAGCUGCUCUCGUCGUUCAGACCAGCCCACGACUCUGACCUCGCGCUUGCGCUCUUGAUGCCUCUUGAAAGUACGCAAAGGCUGCUGCGCAUUGCAAACCCGUUCUGAAACUCAUCAGCCGUCAAGACACCCUUGAGACUCUGGCCCAUGUUGAUGCACGACGACCGUAUUGUCACUUGCAAACGAGCGAAGCCUUAC